UGAGAGAGAGAGAGAGAGAGAGAGAGUGAGACUGAGAGUGUGAGAGAAAGGCAGAUCAGGGCAGGAAAAUACAAUGAAACGAUCAGGAGGUUUCCAUGGCUACCAAAAGACCGCGACCACCCCAAACACAACCUCUGCUUCUGUGCUGAAACUAUCAGAUAUCAACCUGAGGCAGGCUGAGAUGAACCAAUACAGCAUGGGGAUGGGGAGACAGACUACGGCCACCACCAACGUUAACAAUGUUUUCAACAACAACAACGUUAACCACCCCUCCAAUGCCAAUACCACUAAUGGCACUGCCGAUGAUAACGAGUGCAUGGUGCGAGAGCAAGACCGUUUUAUGCCGAUAGCCAAUGUGAUAAGAAUCAUGCGCAAGAUCCUUCCCCCACAUGCCAAGAUCUCUGACGACGCCAAGGAAACCAUCCAAGAGUGCGUCUCCGAGUACAUCAGCUUCAUCACCGGGGAGGCCAACGAGCGCUGCCAGCGUGAGCAGCGGAAGACCAUCACUGCUGAAGACGUGCUGUGGGCCAUGAGCAAGCUCGGCUUUGAUGACUACAUCGAGCCACUCACCCUCUACCUGCACCGCUACCGCGAGAUGGAGGGCGAGCGUGGGUCCUCCACCACCUCUUUGAUGAGAAGCGAGUCCUUGGCCAAGGGGGCGGGUGCUAGUAGUGGUACCAGCAGCAGGUCAAUGGAUCACCACCAGUACUAUGGCACCUCUAUGGCGGCUGCUUUUCAUCAUCAGCAUGGCCAUGGCCUUUUUGGUUACAUGCAGCCGUCCGAUGUGUCCGUCUCCAACAAUAAUGCGAAUGCUGCAGCAGCAUCUGGAUCGUCCACCCAGCUCCAGGGUGGUGGUUCUGCCGCAAUGCCAAAUGGUGAUCACCAUCAGCCACAUGCAAAUGGUGCAAAUGGUCCAAGUGGUGGAGUGUGAAUGCAUGAAAUGAAAUCACCAAAGUGCUGACUGGUGAACUGAAUAAUGUAAUGUUAGGUCGGUCCUGCGACGACAAGUAGUACUGUAAUAAAAUUAAGGACGCUGAGGUUUUAGUUGUCUGCAUUAAUUGGGGUGUUUUUGCUUGAAUCUUAAUCGAUGACCGCACUCCAUCCGGCAUUGUCUCUACGUCUAAACCUUGCAAAGAUAGUCGGGACCAAAAAAAAAAAAAAAA